ACUGGAGCUGCACAAUUUAUUUAAAAACCCUUAACUAUAUCUAUACUCUUUUAUACUUAAAAAAACAUAAACUAUUUAUCCUAAAUUCAAGUUAUACUAUUUAAUAGUUCAGUUUAAAUAUACCGAACUUAUUCUACUUUAAGUUCAGUUAAUUGUGGUUUAGGUUUCAUAUCAUUUGCGAUUGAAAUUUUCUCGUGGCUUUUCAAUCACUUUCGUCAAAGCUCGCUAUCCGCCCUUGAAGGCUUGCAGCCGUCGAAGGCUCGCUGCCAUCGAAGGUUCACUGCCGUCAAAGUUUCGCCGCUGUCGAAAGCUUUGCCGCAUUCUGCCGUCGUUAACUGUCGAAGGCUCUACGACCAUCGUCAUCGUCGAAGGUUAUGAGAAUACUUCUCCUUUAGCUGGAAAGAGAAAUAAAGGGAUAUCACUCUGCAACUCCUUGCGGCAACAUGGCAUUUAUGCUUACGCAAAAUUCUUGAUAGUUUUCCAGAAUCUCUCUCGGAUCGGUAGUUCAGACAGUGUUGAAUGUGACGGAUGACUCUCAGUUUGUCGUGUUGCAUUAAUUAGUGCUUGAAGUGUGUUCAAUCUGAUGUCAGUGAUGGGGAAUGCUGCUUUAUCUGGUCAACUUGUUCCACAGCUUGGUUAGCUCAAGAGUUUGUAGUAUUUGUCUGGGUUGCCCACAAACAAUCUAGUUGGGUUUCUGCAGUCUUCUGGAUAAUUCUAUUAAUAUAUUUUGGCAGCAUUACUACUUGCUUCUGCAUCGCAUGGCAGCUGUUUCAAUUUUUUUUGAUGCUUGGUUAAAAUUUGCAGCAUGUGCUGGAGCAUAGCAGACCUUAUGAACGUUCAACUACAAUCAAAGAAUUAACUGGGAAAACAGUGCAGAUGAGCCAGUAGAAGUUUGCCUUUAAUGCUAUAGAAAAAUCACUACUAAGAGAGAAGAAUUGAUGUGAUUUUGUAUUGGGGUUUUUAGUUCAGUUCAGUUACUCUGAACUAGUUUAGUUCAGUUAUUCUGAACUAUUUUUUAGUUCAGUUAACUAUAAAUUUCUACAGUGCAGUAAACUAUAGUGCAGUUUGCCCACUCCUAUGAAAACUAUGAUGGUCGAUGAAAAAUUGAGGAUGAUGAUUGGAUGAAUGAAGAAGAAUGGGAAAAAGAGUUGCAUCCUUUGUUCUUCCCUACAAAGCCUUGUUCUUCUCCUCCACCGCUGAAACCCCCAGCCUUUACUCCUUCCUCCAGCCCUCAGUCUUUGCCCUCACCAAAAACAAGCAGCAACCCAUUUCAGAAGGCUCCCCAAAGGCACCAACUUGCCUCUCACCUUCCCAACUCUCCACUCUCCAAACCACCCUCCACAAGUCCCUCCUAAGCAGCAACACUGACGAGGCAUGGAAGUCCUUCAAGGCACUCACCACCCACCAAGCCUUCCCUCCCAAACCCCUCACCAACUCCCUUCUCUCUCACCUCUCCUCCCUUGGUGACACCCUCAAUCUCAAGAGGGCAUUUGCCUCUGCUCUCUUUCUCAUGGAGAAGAACCCCUUGUUGCUCCAACAUGACACCCUCCACCACAUGCUCCUCUCCAUGAAGGGUGCCAACACUGCAGCCCCUGCAUUUGCCCUUGUCAGGUCCAUGCUCAGGUUCGGGUUCUUUGUUCCCUUUCAUGUUUGGGGCUCUGUGCUUGUUGAGAUCAGUAGGAACUGUGGUAACCUUGCUGCUUUCACGAGGCUCUUUGAGGAAAAUUGUAGGGUAGCUCUUGAGGAGAGAGUUGAGUUCAUGAAGCCUGAUGUUGGUGCUUGCAAUGCAGCACUGGAAGGUUGCUGCUGUGAGCUUGGGUCUGUAAGUGAUGCUGAGAGGAUUGUGGAGACAAUGUCAAGUUUAGGGGUUAGGCCUGAUGAGUUCAGUUUUGGGUUUCUGGGGUAUUUGUAUGCACUCAAGGGAUUGGAAGAGAAGAUUAGGGAGUUAGAAGUUUUGAUGGGUGGGUUUGGCUGUUUGAACAAGAAGGGUUUUUAUUGUAAUUUGAUUAAGGGUUACGUUAAGUCUGAGAAUUUGGCUUCUGUGGAGGCAACUAUUAUUAGAUUUCUGAAUGAUGGAUAUGGGAAGGAUUGGGGUUUUGGUGUUGAAACUUUCUGUGAAGUGAUUAAGGUUUAUUUUCAGAAGGGAAAUAUCAAGGGGUUGGCUAAUUUGAUUGUUAAAGCUCAGAAGAUAGAGGGUUCAAAUAUUGUGGUUGAUAGGUCUAUAGGGUAUGGAAUUGUUAAUGCGUGUGUUAGUAUUGGACUAUCUGAUAAAGCACAUAGUAUUCUUGAUGAGAUGAAUGUUCAGGGGGCCUCUGUGGGUCUUGGGGUCUAUAUACCUAUCUUGAAGGCUUACUGUAAAGAAAAUAGAACUGCUGAGGCUACUCAGUUGGUGAUGGAGAUUAGUAAUUCCGGUCUUCAGUUGGAUGUGGGAACCUAUGAUGCUUUGAUAGAAGCAUCCAUGUGCAGCCAAGAUUUUCAGUCAGCGCUUUCACUGUUUAGGGACAUGAGAGAGGCAAGGAUUCCUGACUUGAAAGGGAGUUACUUAACUAUAAUGACAGGUUUGAUGGAAAAACAUCGGCCUGAGUUGAUGGCAGCUUUUUUGGAUGAGGUGGUUGGGGAUCCUAGGAUUGAUCUAGGUACUCAUGAUUGGAAUUCUAUCAUCCAUGCUUUCUGUAAGGCUGGGAGACUUGACGAUGCGAGAAGAACUUUUAGAAGGAUGAUGUUCCUGCAGUUUGAGCCAAACGAUCAGACAUACUUGUCUAUGAUUAAUGGAUAUGUCUUAGCUGAGAAAUAUUUUCUGGUGCUGAUGUUGUGGAACGAGGUUAAGAGGAAGCUAUCCAUGGAUGGGCAGAAGGGGAUCAAGUUUGACCAUAAUUUGGUUGAUGCGUUCCUUUAUGCUAUGGUCAAGGGUGGUUUCUUUGAUGCUGUUAUGCAAGUUGUGGAGAAAGCUAAUGAGAUGAAAAUAUUUGUUGAUAAGUGGAGAUACAAGCAAGCAUUCAUGGAGACCCAUAAAAAGCUCAGGGUGGCAAAGUUAAGGAAAAGAAAUUUUAGAAAAAUGGAAGCACUUAUUGCUUUCAAGAACUGGGCUGGCUUAAAUGCCUGAACCUUUUACAGUGGCUACUUCAUAUCAUAGGGAUUAAACCAUCAUGUCUGAAAGUAACAAUUAUAAAUGAAGGCUGAGGUGGUUCAAUAUUGCAGAUUCUUUCAAUAAGCGAGCUUCAAUUCCACCAACUUAGGAGCACUUCAAAUUUUGAUUUUCUUGAAUGGUACACUUAGUUUAGGCUUGGAGGGUUCGGCUCAACAAGGUUCUUUCUCCUAUUUUUUUGCCUUGAUGUUACAGAAAGCAAUUAUUUGACAGUCACUGAGUUUUUAUUCAGCUAAUUCUUUCACUUUGGGCUAAAUGUAUUGAUUUCUUCUUCCCUUUUGUUCUCUGCCGUCCCCCAUUUUUGGUGGUUGAUUGCUGUCUUCAAUUGUCUUCUUGUACUUGUGACUGGAAAUUUAAACACACUGAAUCAAGGAAUUGCUUACACUUCUUGAUAACUAUGUAUGAAGGAGGAAGUAACUUGUAACUUAAGGCAGAAAGUAAUAGCAUCACACACAGUACAGAUCAAUUCUUUUCCCUAUUAUGUGCUUCUAGUGAGCUGUUUAUAGAAAGUCAUUAUCUUUAUCUGAACCAAAUUAUAGUUAAGCACUAUAAACGAACAUGAUUUGAAGCAGGAGAUUGUUCAUCCCCUGGACGUAUAUGUUCAGGUGUAAUAUUUUUAUUUAGCCUAGUUUUUUUUUCUUCAAUAGCUCAAGACUGUGGGUAGUAAUUGAGACUUGAUUUGCAGUGUACUAUAUCAGUUGCAAUUAGUGAGGGCGAAGGUUUUUCAUCACAACAUUCUGAGUUAAUUACUUUAUAUCACAUUAUAAAUAAAAUAACAAGAGGUUUUAUGUUUUAGCAAACUAAACAGAAGAUUUGCCUUAAUUUACCGAGUUUAUACUGAAUAAAUUGAAUAGGAUUUUAAGGAGGGAACAAUAUGGCUUUGAUUGUUUUUGGAGAAAAUAAUUAAUUUACUCAAAAGUUCUCUCUGAAAGUGUUUGUUUAUAAGCUGUUGGAAAUACAAAAUAAGCCAAGCUUUAACUCAGUUAUUCGCAUUCCAUAUAAUAUAGACAUUCCUUGUUCAUAAAUGUUGAAUACUUGGCAUGCCUUGCAGAUUAGGACACAUGACAACUCAAGACUCAAAUCUGUCAUUUUAGUAUGUGAUGUGUGCCAGUUUGACAUUGCACGAGGCAAGGGCACCUCUGUUUUUGCAGGUUCCAUUCUUUGUGCUGCUUAUUGCUGCAAUGAUGGCGUGGAAGUACAACACCCCACACUGGUGUUAAAGUAUCAUAGUCUAACAAUUGGUUUACUCGUAUUCUUUGUGCUCUCAUUCUUGUGGUUCUAGGAUGUGGAAGGAUGAAGUAACCUGUAACUUAAGGCACAAAUUAGUACCAUCACACAUAGUAGAGGUCAAUUUUUUUCCUCUUUUUGUGCUUCGAGUGAGUUGUUUAAAUAAAAUCAUUAUCUUUAUUUGAACCAAAUUAGAAUUGAGCACUAUAAGUUAACAUGAUUUGAAGCACGGGAUUGUUCUUCCCUUGGACAUGUAUGUUAAAGUAUAUAAUAUUUUUAUUCAGCCUCAUUUUUUUUUCUUGUAUA